AUGAAAACAGAGUACUCUGUUUCUCAAUUUCAUCCUUUAGCUGCAAAAAGAGCCUCGAUAAGUUUAUCAUCAUUCGGAUCAGGAGGUCCGUUUAGUUUUGAUUCACUCUCUCGGAAAUGGAAUUCGAAGAAGAAGAAAGAGCCUUUUCCUGAUGAAAAGUCAUCGAAUAAGCACGAGGCAAUGGGGAACGAGUGGUUAGAAACAGGGCUGAAACUCAAAUGCCCACCUGCAGUUGUUGCAGUCAGGGCUGCACUAGCUAGGACUGUUUUUGUGAAGACUAUGCGGCCGCAACCAUUAGUUUCAAAGAUGUUAGUAAUUGGAGCAUUGGGAAUGGCAGUUAAUAUUCCAUUAGGGAUAUGGAGAGAACACACUGACAAGUUCUCAUUAUCAUGGUUUACUGCAGUUCAUGCUGCUGUUCCUUUCAUAGCUAUGUUGAGGAAAUCAGUUGUGAUGCCUAAAUUAGCUAUGGCAUUAACCAUUGCUGCUUCUGUAUUGGGACAGAUCAUUGGCUCAAGAGCAGAGCGACUUCGACUACAACAUAUUCAGUCUAGUCCAACAAUCGAAAGAAUAACUAACAUCAAGUAUCAAUAA